GUCCAGCGCGCCACCACGCAGCCCUCAACCAGCCAGUCAGUUCUCUCUCAGACCUUGCGACGGGCGGACGUAUCUCGCGUCGCUCUCGUCAGCUGGUCACUGGCCACUCCGUCCGCCAUUGAUGGAAAGGAAUUGAUUGUUCUUUUAACGACACCUGUGCCCUUACUGUGAUUGACGAACGAGUGCAUGGUGUAUCGGAGCAUCUGGAAAUUAUAUUUGUCUCAAGCUGGAUUACCUGUUGUAUCAAGCAGAUUCAUUCAUUUGUGAUAAUCGUGUGACGUGAUUUCGUCCGGAAAGUAAACCACCAGUGCCAGCGGUCCGGGUCAUUCGCUGACGUCCAGAAAGUGCAAGCGACGGAUCUGAGCGUCAGUGUGUGAGGAUCAUAACAGUUGUGAUACGUUUCUACGUCUCCGUGCAGUGGACCCGCAAGAUUGUUUCUUAUUGAGUGACGCAACCCUCGUCAGGGAAACAAAAUCGCAACAUAGGAAAACGAAUAUAUUAUCUUCAUAUUACUAAAGUGAUAAUCUCAAGGAUAUUAAAACUGCCGAGAAAAUAAUUCCGGUGUCAGCGCCAUCGGCUUUCUGUCGUCCUUCCCCCACACCAUUAUUUUCCCGUCAGUGUUGGAAGACGGUGGGAAGCCCCUGACACCUGCACGUGCGGUGUGCCACCACAUGUCCCAGGAAUUGUCUUGAGAUUAUGGUGUCCCUUAGUGCACCCUGGCCGUCCCUGGGGCUGCUUUUAGGGCCCGAGGACCUUCUCUGCUGACCUGCCACCAACAACAAUGAGGAGCAUGGAGGAGGAGGUGGAGGGCGGAGGCACGCGCGAAGACUUCCUGAGCGAGGACGACCACUCCCCGACCGACGCCUCUGAGGACAGCGUGGAGGUGCGCGUCCAGCCCAUCCGCGGCCACCACCCCCCCCGCCCGCCCACCCCGCCCACGCCGCCCGCCCACCACAAGUUCCACAAGCUCCGCAAGCACUACUCCGCGCUGAGGCAGGAGUACCCGCUCCACGCCGCCCGCGCCUCCCCAGGGCCCGCCAGUCCGCCCGCCAGCCCCGUGGAGCCGCACACGGGCGCGGCGCCGCUGUCGCCCGGGACGCGCGCCGCAGCCCGCAGCCGCCGCAAGCCCGCCGAGCCUCGACGCCUGUGCCACGAGGCGGCGCCCAAGCGCCCGCACAGCCCCGACCCGCCCCGCUCCGCGAAGGCCGCCCGCACCGAUGGCGCCACCGACGUGUCCGAGAAGAGCGCGCCCUCGUCGCCGUCCCCGGGGGCGCCGCCUCUCCUGCAGCACCACCCACUGCUCAGCUCCUUCAGGAGGCCUCCCAUGGGCGCCUUCCCGCCCCUCCUGAUCCCGCCCGCGUGGCCGCCCGUCACCGCCCAGUGGAGCUACCCGCGGGUGGUCAAUCCCUUGGGGUGGGCGGGGCUCACGCCCGGCCUCACGCCCGCCCUCAGCCCCCACCACUACCCCAUGCUGCUCCCGCACCCGUACCCGCUGCCCCGGCCGCUGCUGCCCUCGCAGCUGCCUCCCGCGUCGCCGCCGCCGAAGUCCCCGCCGCCGCGGACGCCCCCGGGGGAGCGCGUGCCCCGCGACGACCUGCCGCUGCCGCUGGUGACGCGCGUGGCGGCGCCGGAGGGGCCGAGCCCGAGCGCGGGCGCGCACCCCGCCGCGCGCGCCGAGGUGAGCGUGGUGCGCAAGGCGGGCAAGGCGCCGUCCAAGUUCCUGAGCGUGGAGUCCCUGAUCGCGUCGGACAGCCCGUCGCGGGCGCCGGCCGACGGCGAGGACGACGUGGCCGGCAGCCUGGGCGGCGACGCGUGCCCGCCCGACGACGACGACACCAUCCACGCCCUGCUGCAGCCCAGCAAGCAGAAGCAGCGCAACUACAAGAACAUGACGCGGGAGCGGCGCAUCGAGGCCAACGCGCGCGAGCGCAACCGCGUCCACACCAUCAGCGCCGCCUUCGAGAAGCUGCGGACGUCGGUGCCGGCCUACAGCCACAACCAGAAGCUGUCCAAGCUGUCGGUGCUGAGAAUAGCGUGCUCGUAUAUCCUGUCGCUGUCGCGCCUCGCCGGCCACGACUACAGCGCGGGCGGCACCGAGCCCUCGUUCAGCGAGUGCGUCGACCUGACGACGCGGACCAUCCAGGUGGAGGGUAAGGCCAAGAAGAAGAGGGACGAGUAGGCCGCCCACACGCCCACACCCUCGAGUGACACUCGCGUCCCCCCUCUGUCACUCUCCUGCCCCCCCCCCUCCAGUGAUCACAUGCCCUCUAGGGCUUCUCCUCCCCAGUGUUACCACGCCCACAGUGACACGCCCACAAGUGGCCCAGAAACAUUCAGUGACUCAAGUUCGAGAUAGUCCCACCGAGUGACAACUCGCAUAUUUAUUAGUGUAUUUUAAAUGCUGAAAGACCUAAUCUGUGAGAGAAAAGUAUAGUCUAUUUAGAAUUCCAAAAGACAAGAUAUUUGUACUAAACGUGUGUUCUAGUCGAAGUGCGAGGGCCCCGCUCCCGCAGCCGCCGUGUGCUACACAGGAUCUGCCGUGAAACACAACAGCCGUCCGCCUGAUGUUUGUCCUGUUCUGCUCGUUGUCUGUCUCGCGCUCCUUCGGGAGGGAAAUGACCUCCUUCCGUGAAGGGCUGUCUGCCAAGUCCCUCCAGGAAAGGCUCGUCCGUGACACCGGGACUCCGUUCCAGCGGCCGCCCUUCCCAGGCCCUCCGUCAGCCCAUCGAGGCGGCUUCUCAAGCCGGCCUUUACUAUAGACUUUGCAACUUCAGUAUACCACAAUGGUCUUUGGUUAGGAACAUCGAUUUUUAUAAUCUCAUAACAAUAAGGUGCUCACCAAAGUACAUUAUAGCUUUGUGUGUCGAUGUGUGUUAUAGUAUAAACAUGUAAGCCGUUGUUAAGGGCCUGUGAGGCAUUUCUUGUAAGGCUUGCAAAUCGUGCCCCCAAAGUGGACGAGUUCGGGCUCUCCUGCCCCACCCUCCGUCACGUCCCAUCGAAAGCUUGUUCAUGCUGUUCAGCGCGUCACGUGCGAGGGUGACAGGAACAGGAGACCCGGAGCCGUCCAGAUUUUAUCUUACUCAUGUCAACCAGAGCAUUCCUAUGUCCCUACUCUGGUUGGAAUUUUGACUAAUGAUUUCUAGUGGUGUUGUCAAGCUCUCAAAGACUAUGUACUAUCGAACAAAAGAUCAUCAUUCAAAAUUUCACUUCUCCGUGGCUAUCACAACACAUUAUGCGCAUAUUGAAAGAUGAAUACAUUUGUUUGCAAGUAGAGUCAUUUAGUGUAUUGAUGAAUCAUAAAGCAUUGAGUUGGCACCGCUGCUGGGAUGUUUUUGCUGCCUGCUCUCAUAGUUCAAAUUUCCCCCACAAGAUGGCAGCAACGACAGCCCUCGUUAGAAGUCAGGUAUGCGAGACGGGUCAAAAUAUACAGAUAAUCUACAAUUUCCCAUUAUUUCUGUAUGGCCUAGCACACUUCCCAUUUGUCAAAAUACCAGUAAAAAAUCUUGUAUUAUUACAAAAAAGGGAACGAAACUCCCACGCAGUUUGCAAGACUGUGGAUAAAAGAGUUAUUUAUUUUUUAAAAUGUAGUUGUUGAAACUGCGAUGUUCGAGAUUUAAAAUUCUGGAUUCCAUGUAGAAGCAAAAAAUUGAUCUGAUUAAUCGUAAAUGGCGGAGGACAAUCUGAUUUUUAUAUUACAGAUGUAUUUUUUUCUGAAGCGUCAAAACAGAUUUUGUCAAAUAACUUUUGAACAAUAGAUGAAGAGAUACAUGAUUCCCUAGAUAUCAGACUUCUUUUAUUUCAUUUGAUACAUGUUCUAUGGACACUUUAUUCUUUUCCUAUUUCAUUAUUUUACCACAUCGUCCCCUAUUCUCUGUUUUUCUGCUUCGACCCUUGAACAAUUUUUCCGCAUGUUCGGCUGACUCCGAAACUUCAUACAUAACUCUGGCCUUGGCAUCUUAGUACUUUCACUAUUUUCAUCAGAACUGGUACAAAUGAACUCUCUAAACACUACCUCAGUCAGGCACAGUCAAAUCAAAUAUUGGGCACACAAAAAAAAAACAAGAAAGAAAACCAGAUACGUAAAAGUUAGAACAGACUCGUAACCCAAAAAAAAAAAGUAAAGCCACUACACGUGCACUGAGACGCGGGCCCCACGUGUCCAGGCAACAAGGACGUCGUCGGAGCCACCCGGGAAAGUUGCGAACAAACAGGCGUCGUUGGUAUUUAGGCAAAUGGAGGGGAAACCAGCUGACGCGCCGCUGUGCCGAGGGGGCGUGAGUCUCAGAGGCGUGGAGAGAAGGGGAAAAUUGGAGUGAGGGAAGACGGGAUGUCAGGAAUGGGUUUUCAAGUGGGGAGUAGGGGAGGUGGGGGGUUCUUGACAGUGAUGCUGGGGUUAAUUGGAUAAUUUCCCCUCUGGUAUUGUAUUUUCGAAGAAAUUUGAAAAUAAAAAUGUAGACAUAUUUCAUACGCUUACAUAAUCUCUUUCUGAUAAUUGGCCCGCGUACUCCCCCUCCCUCCCCAUUAUUCUCCACGGCCUUCGACAAACAUCCCCUUGGUCCUCAUUAACCUUUAUCAACCCUCUCCCCCAUCCCUCCUCCCCCCUCGCCCCAUGCUUUCCUUUCUCGCAGGCUGUGUCAAUCACAGGGAGCGGCCGCCCUCUCUCCCCCACUCGAAGCUCGAGUUAUACGUAGUGAAGGAAAUUCUCAAGAGCGUAUGUGUGUGUUGAGGUUUAAGAACUUUACGUGAAUUUAUGAAUAAAAGCUAAACUCGUAACUAGCAUUGCUAUAGGAUUAUAGAAAAUAAUGUCUAUUCACGCCUGAACUCAUUGUCAAGCAGUAAGUAUUUGUACCAAGAUAAACCUCACAUAAAUAUACGUGUAGUUGCAACCACGUUUUUUCUCACUACCGCGGACCCCGGGAUUUUUGCAAUUGACGGAAAGUAAUGGAUCCCAGACAGUAAACAACGAAAUUUCAGAAACUACUUUAGGCUAGUAAUCCCGCCACUGAAUUUUUCUCGGUCUCAUUUAAAGAAUACUUACAGAUAUUAGUUAUUAUGAAACCUAUUUAUAUAUAUUGAAUGAUGAAAGUUUAUUCAUAGUCUGAUAUUACAAGAUAUGAGAAGUUUGUUGUUAUAGCAAUACUGAAGAGUUCAUGCUUUGUACACAAAUUUCCGUUGAAGUUUUUAAACCUACAUGCAUGCGUACUUUCAAGGUUCCAAAACUACUCCCGUUUUAGCAUCUACUACAGUCAAACAUAAUGACUCGGUACAAUCUCCAUUUAUAAGUCCCCCCCCCCCCCCACUCCUGCGCUUUCCUGCCCCUUCCCCAAAUCUUUGACAAACAUCCCCUUCUAUCUAACCUUCUCUCAGCUCUCUCCCCCUGUUGUUCCCCUCUUUUCACGUUCUCCUUUCCCCGUGUCUCCCCUCUUUUAAUAGGGUGUGUGUCUGUCACAUAAGGAGUGACGCCCCACUCUCCCCUCGCCCCAUCUAGUGUUUACGUGAGAGUCUCCCCAGCCGCUCCCGGGGUGUUUUUAGAUUAGGAAUCUGGAGUUGGGGAGAGGGAAAGGGGGAGGCGGUAUGGGCGGUGAGUAGGGGGCGAGGGAAGUGCCGGCACAGCUGGCACUGGCGGGCUUAUUUAGAAGUAAGGGGGUGAGGGGAAGAGGGUCAUACCACGCCGAGGGAAUGGUUAGCAGAGGGGAAAAAAGGUGUGCGAGUUGAAAAAGAGAGUGAAUGGUAUAGAAAAAAAGGGGGAGGGGAAGACAAAUACAGUCUCUCCCCUCACAUAACUCUCCCCCUCCUUUGCCGCUCUCCCCUCAUCCCCGAAGAAAUUUCAAACCGACUUCAAUACGCCGAGAAACAGCUAAAUCCGGAGGUCAAAAGGGGGUGGGUGGGGAAGAGGCGGGGGGACCGUUAGAAGUGUCCAUAUUAAAGACAAACACGGCCAUGAGACUGAGUGACAAGUCAACCGUUGGUGUAAUGAGGUAGAGGGUGUCACCGACGAGUGCCACCAUAUUCAGGAAGUGCCAGUUGAGGUGUGAUGGAGGAGGUUAUUGGGGACAAGUGUCUGACCUGUCGAUCAUUUUGAUUGGCUCGGCGACGUCACGAAGCUCCGCCCAUUCGGCUCCCUUCUGGCGCGGUUUCAGAAAUCAGGUCCUUGGUUUCCCACUGGUUUUUUUCUUUCUUUCUUUCUUUUCUUUUCUUUUCUCCCUUCUUUCGCAUCGCAAUUCUUACCUUCUCCUGUUAUGUUCUUAGACACAUGUUUCAAAACAACCAACUUUUAAACAGUAUAUGUUUUUAGAUCUUCAUUUUCAUUCAUGUAUCGUAUUUUUCCUUUGUCUAGUCUCUUCUCUGUUCCCGGUAUUCACAAGGAACCGCCAAAUAUUAAAUUAAAAAAAAUGAACUGAAGAAAAAACAUGUGCCUUACGUCAGUGGUCCAAAAAGUAAAUAAAGAAUAAGACAAAAAGCUAUCAGUUCUCAGUAGUGAAUUUCGAGCUUGAGGAUAACUUUUUUAUAUCUUUUUGGAUAAUUUGCGAUAAUUUUUUGUAGUGUUUCUUCUGUUUGUAUCAUGUCUCCGCCUUCCCAGCGAUGUAUUUUUGUAGUUAGAAAAUCCUUUUCACUUUGUUAUACAAAUGAUAUUACGAGAGAAAUACUUUUGUAUUUUGCAUAAUAGUUUUUUGAAAAGAAGGGGAAAAUGAAACGUGACCUUUUUUUAUUCACUUGGUCUUCCGUCUUUGUUUUAAGAUUUUUUAAUGUAAAUUUUGUACAUAGUUUAAUACUGAAUAAGUAAACAGUAAGGCUCUAAGUCUCCGCAAAUUGUACAGUUUGCACACUCAGUUUGUACAGAUUGGAGGAAAACAAUACAGUAGACUAAUUUACAAAUGGUACCCUCAUACGCGCAGGGCUCUAGACCAUCGGCUGAAAUAGAGGUUGUGUGCGCAUGCGCGGGGGAAACAAAACACUGCCUGGAUGCGCAGUGGUGUGUCGAGAAAUCAAGUCUUCUAAAAGAUGUAAGAAAAAAGUGGGAAUUUUUAAGAGUGAUCAUUUUGAUAUCAUACACUCUGCCUAGAAGUUUUAUUUUGCAGUGAGCUAUUUUUUACGCGAAUGUGAUAUUUGUAAAUAUAUAUGUAGAGAGAAAUAUAUGUAUAGUCCAGUGGGAUAUUUUUUAUUUAAUAAAAAAUGUGACAGCGCAGUUCAGUGCUAUCACAACCUCUCUCUCUAGUUAAUGGUUUGUAGCUUAUUUGGGCUAGUCAGGUGGUUCAAAAUAAUUCAGAGUAUUUAUAUUAUCCUACACAUUUUAAUACACUUAAACUUUUUAAAAAAUGAAGUGCGCUCGACGAGACAGUUUUACUUCGUGAAAGACAAACUUUUUUUCUUCUUUUGAUGUGUACAAGAUGUAUAAAACUAAUGUCUUUUAUAUAUAUAUUUGAUAUCAGAAAUCAUGUGUUUUUCAUUAUGUUUGUAUUCUUUUGUUUUUUUGUUUUUUUGUUUUUAUUUUAGCUCCCCUCCCCCCCUUGUAAUUUUAUGACACGUGACUCAAAUUUUGAUGUAUAUCCAAUUUGUAAAUACCGUUUUUUAAUGAAAAAAAAUUAUGUACACUGGACUGUAUGACUGACUGUUGGUUAUAAAUGAAAUAUAUUUUGUUGGCAUUUUGA